AUGAACAUGGAUGAUCGAUUGCUCGCUUUGGGUGUUCCACCUGAUAUUCUGGAUCAAAUAGAUGGUGGAGACGAGAUUGAGGUCAAGGAGGACCCUCCUGGUUGUUGCUUCAUUGGCUUUCUGGGUGACCGCUCCAAUGAUCCCUUCUUAUCUUUCCCCGACUUGCAGGUAGUGCUACCAUCCAUUGGACACCGCUUUUCUUCUCUCCUCGUGGAUAGCUUUGAAUAUACAGAGCUCAAUGAAGCCAUAGCCCUUCAAUUGGGCACCAUCAUCCAUAACAACUUGCCCAACAUCACCAGCGUGCGCAUUAAUGGAUUUGUCCACGAUGAACCUCGAAAAAUUCUAGUCCAGCAUCUUCCUCAACAACUCAAGAGUCUCACCUUGGCACAUAGCCAUUUUCAAGACGUUCCCAGUGCACUGACUCAUAUCCCUGAUAGCUUGAAAGGAUUGAAGUCACUGACCAUUGAAGAUUUGCAGGAUGAUCGUGAAUCUGAUACUACUCCAAUUUUCCAAUCACUUGCCAAGGCCAUCCAGGAACUUCCAAAUUUGGAAUACCUUGGCAUCAUGCAAAUUCAAUCCACCAACUCAGAACGGUGGAAUUUGGUUUGUAACGCGAUUCUGGAACAUGCCAACAUCAGGCUGGCAGAGUUUGUCUAUCUCGUCUCGUUUCCUUCUGAUGGUAGUGAGAGUACCGAUUUCCAACUUGAGGAAGCUACCGAAAAUAGGAUUAUUCGCCAUCUUGGUAUCAACCGAGUUAAAGCAAUGCUCGGGAGACCUUCAAAAACCACCAAUAUCAGUGAUGAUCAUUUUCGAAAAUGGGUGGUUGCAAUGGCUGCUUUUCGCCACCAGCCGGCAUGCUUGCAGUACUUGUUAAGUCCUGAGGCAAUGGAUCCUGCCAAGUUUGCACAAGCUGCUCUUGAUGCUAUCAAUCAACAGAAUCCUGAGACUAAGAUUGAUGGUUUCAAAAGGAAGAUAGCUCAUAGUCAGGCAAGAGUGGCUACCUUGGAGGAUGCCCUGAGGGCAAAUGGAUUACAGGUGCCUCCUUUGGAAGAUGGCCAAGAAUUCCUUUUGCAGUUGCCAGAGCAGAAGCGACAACGCCUUGAACGAGAAAGGGUCUUCUUCAAAGACUAUGACUGA